AUGGAAUUUGUCGCAUUACCAGGAUACUUUAGUUCUUUUGAAAAGGAAAACUCCCCUGCACUAGAUAGUACACUUGUUGAUCACAACGUCCUUGUGAAUUAUAAAGAUUGGAAAUCAUUAUAUGAUGCUAUCCCCGAGGAUACUGAAGAUACUCAAUAUAAACUAUUACUAUUAGCAAGACAUGGACAAGGCUACCACAAUUAUUCGAUGGAGAAGUAUGGAUUAAAACUAUGGGAUGACUACUGGUCCUUGUUGGAAGGGGAUGAAGGUGGUUCAUGGCUAGACUCAAGACUUACAGAUUUGGGUAAACAACAAGUCUCCGAGACAGGGCGUACAGUGUUAGUCCCAAUCGUGGACCAACUAGGGUUUCUACCUCAUAUUUUCUUCAAUUCUCCAAUGAGAAGAUGUCUGGAGACAUUUGCCUACUCAUGGAACCAUGUCUUUACAAAACACCCAGAGUUAAUGUUCGACUCGAAGAUAGUCACAAACAAUGUAAUCGAGAAUCUGAGAGAGAACUUGGGGUCUCACACAUGUGAUAAGCGUGUGAACCACUCAGAGGCUGUCGGAGAGUACCAGAAUUUCAAGACAACGUCAGGUAAUACAGUGUCUUGGAAAUAUGAGGAGAAUUACUCCGAACCAGAUGCUCUAUGGGAAGCAGACCACAGAGAGACACCCGAUGAAAUGGACAUCAGAACACGCAAGGGUCUGGAACAGCUGUUUGCGCAAGCAGGUUCCCAGGAUAAGUUCUUGUCCCUAACUUGCCACGAGGGAGUUAUCAACAGUGUCCUGAGAAACCUGGAACAUCCGGGGGUCCAGAAAUUACAAACAGGUAAGACCGUUGCUGUCGUUGUCAAGGUCACCACAACUUUAUAA